GCCCAGCAAACUCAGCUACAUACUUCUGUUGAAACUUGAAACUAGCCGCCGUUGGCAUGGUUCGGGCAACGGACAAAUGGCUAGACUGAUACGACCAUUGCACCUGCAACAAUGGCCGCAGCUCAACAACCACCAUUGUUGCCGCUCACGUCCUUCGCUCCACCAUCUCCUAACCUUGUCAACUUCAACAAUAAACUGCUGCAAAGCCGCUCCGCAAUUUCUCUCUUGCACUACUGCGCCCUUCUCCUCUUCCCGCAGCGUUCACACUCGCGCUCGUGCUCGCGGUCCCAGAUUCGCUAACGCACCGCGGUCGGCCGAAGUCGACGAGAAGGAAGGCGAGGCCGGAAGCAGCGAUUCCGACUCCGAUGGAAAGAAAGGCCGCAACGAGAGGAAGCGCGAGGCUCGUCGCGCCGUCCUGUGGGCGAUGGAGCUCGCUGCCUUGUCUCCCCUGCAAAUCAAACGAGUUCUAAGGAUGGCUAAGCUUGAACGGGAGGUGUUUGAAGCAUUGACGCUAGUUAAGAGACUAGGACCAGACGUCCGAGAAGGAAAACGAAGGCAAUACAACUAUAUCGGGAAGCUACUUCGUGAGGUAGAACCUGAGCUAAUGGACGCCUUGAUACACGCAAGCAAAGAUGGGGACUGGAGUAGGCUGCAGGGCAUUCCUGGUUUCAAAGCCGAUGAAGCUGAUGACAAAGAAAUCGAAGAGGAAUUCGAAGAGUGCCAGGUUUCUGAGGAGCACAUUGAGAUGGCAACCAGCUGGUUUGAUGGUUUAAUCACGAAUGACGUUGACAUUACAAAAGAAGUUUAUGCACUUGGCGAGUUGCGGAAACUGGUACGUAAAGUUCACACAGUUCAAGAACAAGAGUCCGAUGGGGACGAGGAGAGUGAGAAGAAGGUGGCUGCUGCUGCCAUGGCCAGUGCCAAGAAGUCCCUCAACAGGUUCCUUCGUGUCCUUGCCAAGCAGAUGCCUAAUGAAUCCAACCCCAUUGUUGAGUUUUAACAAGAGAAAGGUAAUAUAUAUUUCAUUAUUGGGCACGUUUCGAUGGACAUACCAGACGUCAGGCCCAAUAGGCCUGUGCUUGGAAAUGGGCCUGGAAGUCCAUGGAUUCAAGGUUUUUCUGCUUUACGCAAAGCCAGAAGGUUGAAUCCAGGCCCGAAGAUGACGUAUGAGAUACAGCAUGCAGUAUGCCAAUAUACCACCACCGCUCUCCAGACCAACGAAAGAAAAAGCAGUGCCCAGUGCCCUUUGAUGGGGACGUUUAACUUCCACCAGAUCCGUUCGUCCAUUUAUCACUCUUUUAAAUCUUAGUUUAACCUGAAUUUAUUUCUUUUAUCUUUGAACAAAUAUUUUGUGGAUGUGAAGCAUUUGGGCGUGGAUAUGUGAAUCUAGAUUCUAGAGGCGGUUCAUACAAUAUAAUAUGUGUUCUGUUCUGUACUUGAUUGAGAUUGGAUGAUGUUUGCGGCCAAAACGAGAAGGAAGUCCAUUCCAUAGUGUAAAUAUUAUAGGCGGUGACGUAAGUUGCAGGGACAGCCAUUGCCAGAGCCGAUUUCCGGACACAGACAAGGUUUAGUAGGUUGAGAAGAGACGGACGAGGAGGCAAAACUGCUGAUGCAGAAGACAGUAACAAGUUUGUUGUUUUGUCGAGACAGAUACCUACAUUAAUACAAGGAGGGCGG